UCAGCAUCCAAAUCUCAAUCUGUCAACACAAAGAUCAUUGUUGUUGCUGAAGGAAGUACAAAUGAAGAAAAUGAAGACAAUAAUUUAUUAAAAAAAUUAGACAACAUAUCAACUGCCCAGCCAUUCCUUCCACUGACAAUUUCACUAACUAGUAAGCCACAGUUUGAUGUUAACCUACACAGAUUAAAUGGAAAACUUUGGUCUGAUCUUUUUUCCAAAUAUCAGGACCACCUGAAACAGUGUUCUGACGUUGUUUUAUUUGAUCAAAAUAACUUGGUAUCCAGAAUUAAGGAGCUGGACCUGAAUUUGCAAACUCACUAUCUAGUGUUGAUUGAAAAAAGAAAUAAGUUUGCCAAGUACACAGAGCAGGUUCAAAAAGUUCAAGAAAUAUCAUCUGCAUUGAAAAGAAUCCACAGCACAUUACAGAACACCAUUCAUACAAUGAAUAAUUUAAAUUCAUUACUUCCGCCCAACGAACAGCUGGAAGUAUUCACGCUAUCUUCAAAUACACCACCAUCAACAUCAACCACAAACACUGAUAACGACACCUAA